AUGAAGCUCUCAACUCUCGCCGCUGCCAUUGCGGCCUGUAACCUCGUUGGCACUUCUACCGCCAUCAAUAUCCUCAUGGGAAAUGAUGAUGGUUUUGGAAGUGCUCAGCUUCGAGAGUUCUACCGUCUACUGAAAGCAUCAGGACAUCAAGUUUUGAUUGUUUCACCGGCAGAUGAUGAAAGCGGCCAGGGUGGUCGAUCCUCGUUCACGAGUUCCAACAAACUUCAGAGACCGUCGGAGUACGACCUUAUUCCCGCUGGUGCUCCAUCGCUCGGUCGUGAUCCAAAUGAUCCAGAUAUCUGGUAUUACAAUGGCACCCCAGCCGCGUGCACAUUUGUGGCCUUGGACUUCGUCCUCCCAAACUACUACGGCAAUAGAAGCAUUGACCUCUAUGUUGGAGGACCAAAUUAUGGCACCAACCUGGGGCCAUUCCUCUAUACCCUGUCAGGUACGAUGGGUGGUACAUAUGGAGCUGUUGGACGGAACAUUCCUGCCAUAGCCUACUCCGGAGGCAACAGCGAACAACGUGCUUACACCUGGAUCAACGAGACGACUGAAUCAGGCCAUCCUGAUCCAGCGACGAUCCAUGCUCAGCUGGCUGUCAGUGUCGUGAACGCCCUUGUCAACGGUACCGCACCCGGAAAACGAUUGAUGCCACUCGGGUACGGACUGAACGUGAAUUUCCCAUUCAUCACAUCGCUUACGAACGGCUCUUGCGUUUCUCCGCCUCUCGUCCAGACUCGAUUCAAUGGGGGUGCGUUUACUGAUAAAGCCGUCUACAAUGCCACUACAGGCUUGUUCAAAUACGGCAACAAAGUAACAGCUGCCAUUAACAGGUGCAUCAAUGGCAAUUGUGCCUUACCUGGAGAGACUCCUGUGGUAGAUGGAGGCUGCUAUGGCUCAGUAUCGGUCUUUAGCAUCGACUAUGAUGCUCCUGUUGGACAUGAACAGGCCGCUCUUCGUGCAGCCCUGACUCCAGUCGUGUCAUUUGAAAAUCCCGAUGCGAAGAUGAAAGUCAAGGUGAGGAGCGACUUGACUGGUAAGUUUUUCUGGAGAUGA